AUGAUUACAAGAUUAUUCAACAAUAAUAAUAAAUUAGUUUUAAAUAAUAUCAAUAGAGUUAUGGUUCAAAAAUCAUACUACUCAACCAACGAUGAAAUUAGAUUAAAAACCAAAAUUCCAAUUUUUAGACACGACGACCAAGGUGAUUGUAUUUCAAUUGGUAAAUUAAAAGAAUCUGAACAUUCAGUAGCUUUAGUUAAUUUAGAAUUUCUUAAAAUUGAUUCAAUUGUUAAUUUAACACAAGAAGAACUUUCAAGAUUAGUUGUUAUCCCAAAAACAGAAAAACUUUCAACUGACCAAAGAAUUGAAAAACUUGAAUCAGAUAUUAAAUCAAUUAAAGAAUCUUUAGAUAAACUAACUCCAAAGAGAAAUACCCAACUUUAA